AGGUUCUCUUUUUUAUCAACAAAGAUGGUCUAAGUAUGAGUGCUGUCUUGACCGGCUUUGGUUUGAAUUAACGACGACACAUUUCUACAUAAAUGCUGGUUAAGAAGACACAGUAAUAGCAGCAUGCCCUUGUUGCUGUGCUAUUGUACCUAUGAAAGGACAACAAGAGUUAGGAAAGCGCUGGGAAAAGUGCCAUGAAUUUCGGCUCGGAAAGCAGCAACCAUGGCAGCGACAACGCGUUUCAACGACUUUCGGUUACUCAAAUCUCGCCAAAAGAUUUGGACAAGAACUUCACAACUCUUCAGAAAGUGUUCAGUAGCGUGAAUCCGGCUAAAAAUGCCUGCUUGAGACCUCAACAUGACUCGGUGAGUUUUGGCCAUUUUGAACAGGGUGUUCGCCUCAAUGAGAUUUACACUGAUAUCGGUCGAAAAUUUGGCGAUCGCUCAAAGAUUGUGUUGGCGAGAGAGUGUCUUGUUCGGCUUCAAGCAUCCGCCGAGUUUAUUGGAGAACUGGAGGAAACCUUUGAAAACUACACCUCUUACAUGGAGAGCGGGAGGAAAAUUUCACGCGACUUUCCAUUCAAAGUUGAGGGAUUUCAUAACAUUUGCCAAAAGGCUAAGACUCAAUGCAUGUACCGUGUAUCGUUGACAAAAAUGGUAUCUACGGACCCUUGGCUUCGAAGUUCUUUGCCUGAUAUGCACGAUGAUUUGUCGAUGGUUUACAAAACACUUCAUCAACACGCAGAAAGGGCUUUUUCGCUUAUCGGGAAUAUUUUGCUUUGUGUACUGCGAAUUGCUGAAAAAUGCAAAUGGGGUUUGAGUCGGCAAGAGUUAAACUGCGUUUGCCAAGGAAUCGAAGAUUUCAAUCGACUUGUUGAAUACUGUAAAAGCUUUAAAAACGAUGAACAUAAAAUGCUGAGUUUAAGUGAGGAAAGUCGUUUUGCGCUGUCGAACUCUACUCAGGGAAGGUUAGGAGCCUUGUUGUUAUUUCCAGCUGUUUCUACCUCUGCUGAUCAUGUUUGUUUAUUAAGCCUGAGCAAACUUUUGACUGGCAUCGCUUUUGCACGCUCGAAAAUAUUGGCCGGGUAUGUUCGUAAAUUUGUAAGCGAACACCAAGAAGUUUCACGAGUACUGAAAUACGACUUCGCUUCUUACUUUGAGUGGAAAGAUUUCGGGGUUGUCUCAAUCGGCGGCAACACGAGAACCGAAGGAGGCCCCCCAAAUGGGGUAUUGUCAGUUUUGGGUCGAAACCAAAUCCCUCUCUUGAAACUUGACCCUGAGUCGCCCUUGUUAAUGUUUGAUUCACAGGAGCAGUCAUUUUUUAGUAAUUUGAUAUCACAACUAUAAACUGAAGAAUUCAAAAUUAUAAACAUUUUCUUUGUCAGUAAAUAUUUAGCAAUGGGAGACUCAAAAUAACUGGAUUUGCGUUGUCAUAGUAUUAGCGACAUGCAACAAAAUUAAACGUACUUUUCAUAUAACUGUGACGACUGAGGGAUGAAAUUAAAAAGCGGUUAAAUUAGCUUUUGAUUGUUAGGUGAUGGGAACGGAAACUGAUAAAAACUGAAGGUAAAUUAAAGACAAAUGCGCCAUUACAUCAUUACAUAUUUAGAGUGAAUGUGCUUAAUUCAUUGCGUUCACUAUGCAUAACCAAGUGUAUAAGCCUGACCAUUUGUCAUAUAUAUCGUUCGACCACUCCACACAAUUUGAUUGGUUCUCUACGCGGUCCUUUGAAUGCUAGAGUUUCCUGAACUGUGGUUUGGAAAAAGAAAAAUGUAUAAUAAUAUCAUAUGAUGUAGAAACGUCUUGCCGUGUUUCUUUUUCGCGAUCUUGUAAAGUGACUGCAAACGCUCGGUGCAUUUUACCUCAGAAUGAGGGGCGCAACGUAAACCCAGCGAUCACUUGCCUUUGGUGACCCUUCAGUUUUCAGUACAAUUAAGUAUCUUGUUCGCUUGUAUCUGCACAACAACAAAUACUGUUCUUGCGUCUUACAAAUUUAUGACGGCUAGGUCCAUAAAAUCGAUGAAAAAGAAAAUAUUGAACAAUAUAUGCUGAUGUGAAAGACCACCUGGAAGAAGGCUUAUGGCACUGAGCUAUUUUUAGUGUGUUUGUUCUUUAAAUAUCCUUCAUUUCAUAUCUGUCAGCGAAACAGAGACAAUCUCCUUAGUUUUACUUUCUUUGCUUUUGAAAUAUUAUGCCCAUCAAAACAAAAAGAACUUGUUUUCCAGGAUUUUUCAUUCUAUAAAAAUAUGCAUUAGAUACAAUGGAAAAGCUUGCGAAAGAUUUAUGUUGACCAUCUGCUCGACUCCUUACUGUAUAUUAAUUCUGUAAGGUUAGGGCGUAAUUUGUUCUUUCUUCAUAAGGUAC